GGUGUAUAGACGAUCUUUGCGGCGGCAGCUCGGUUCAUAUCUAUGGGUCAGAUCAGACGGUCGGAGGAGAAUCGUUUCUAGGAGUCUUGAAGUAGCCAUGGCGUCAGGCCUGCCCAGUGUUGUUGUGUUUGCUGUAUGUGCGGUCCUGGCCACUUGUGUAUUUGCAGAUGACAAGGACUGUCAGGCCUUCAAUAAUCAACCAUCCAAAAGAUGCGAUAAAAACUCUUUUUGCUGCGGUAGCUGUUCCAACCGGUACUGCUGUAAAGAAUCUUUCUGGCGGUUUCCUGAGGAUCAACAAGAUGACUGUGUUACCUUUGGAAGUUAUUCCUCACCAAUGCCCAUGAUCUUUGGUAUUGGUGGCACCAUCACUAUUUUGCUCAUCUUCAUCUGCUGCUGUGUCUGUCCCUGCUGCUGCCUGUACAAGAUGUGCCGCAAGCCAAGACCUGUGUUAACUACCACCACCCACACAACAGUGGUCACCAGCGCUCCUCAGCAGUACCCCCAGCAGCCAACUGCAACACCUGGGCAGCCUCAGUCCUACCAGGGGGCCCAGUAUCAACCCUACCACCCCGCACCAGUGCAGCCAGGUUACGGAGCCCAGCCCAUGCCCCAGGGCUACGGAGCCCAGCCAAUGCCCCAGGGCUACGGAGCGCAGCCCAUGCCAACACCACCCUACCAUGGGCAACCGUUCAUAGCUGCACCACCACCAACAUAUCAGGAAGCCAUCGGUCCUGGCUUCCAUCCCAACCCGAUGCCUUACAGCCAGGCUGCAUUCACCCCCGGCCAGCCAGCGUACCCUCUGCAGCCUCCUGUCCAGCCGCAGCCCAACGCUCCACUCCCACCCACAGGCUACCAAGCCCAGCCAGCGUACAACCCUGAUUAUGUUGCUCCGCCACCCUAGACUGGAUAAUGAACCGUACUGCCACACUCUUAGCCACUUUAAAAGUGCUGCAACAUUUUCAAUCUUGGCAGAACUGGAAAUGUGUAAUCUGAAUCAAAAUGCGUCUUGUGUUUGGGUGGUUAAAUAUGGGAAUGUUAUGACACAUUUGUAGUUGUUGUGCAAGUUGCCAAGUGAAAAUGUUGAUACCUCUCAGCUUGUAUUGCAUGGACUUACAAUAUAGAAGUGGUGAGAUUAUUAUUUUUUUUUAAAUAUUUCUUAGAGGCUCCAUAUUAUCAUCUUGGUAAAUGACACAUAAAACUACUGAGUCUGUUUUUAAAAGAGUAGACAUUUUCCAGCCUUCUGAACAUGCCUCAACACCUCCCUUCUGGUCCCCAUCGAUACUAUGCCCCGGCCAAACCUGCCUGACCUCUUCAUUCACCAUCUACAGGGAUUGCAAUUAAACUCAGGGGUCAAACUUUGGAAGGUUUUUGGUAGUCACGGGCAUAAUUGCAUUGCUUUUCUGCCAGUAUUUCAAACUGAUAAAAGUGCUUUAAACCUUUUUUUAUGUACUUUAUAAGGCUGUAUAUGUGUUACUUGGGAACAAAUCAAGUCCAAAGUGUGUAAUACUUCUCACUAGAAGAUGUAACAUGGAAAGGAUCCAUUAGUCAGGUUUCCAUCACAUAUUUUUAUGUUCAUUUUGUAGUACUCCAUUAGAAAAGCUGAAUUAACUUUAACCUCAAUUGCGCUCACUUGAGGUGGUUUUGCCUUUUGUUGAGAAAAAGUUAAUGCACUAAAUGGGAUAUGGAAACGCCUUUGCAGAAUAUUCCCAUAACGUGUCUUCCUUUCCGGACAUCAUGAAACAUGGCCAAUACAAUACAAAGAACAAAUGUUCAAAACAGGAGCACACCUCGUACAGCGUUCUUGUUUUUCUUCAGUUAGAUGGUGUUACUUUAACUGCAGCAGUACUUUCUGUUGCAGUUUCCACAGCAGCAUGGAGAGCCACAUAGCUGAGUAUCAUGGUAGUAACCAUCCGUCUCCCAGUAGCUGCUACAGUAAUCAGCUGUAACAUGUAAAACAUAAGGUUACGGUGAAGAGUAGCGAGGGUGAGAGGUUAACUACCUACCUAAGCACCUACACCAUUUAGAACUGUCCAAUUAAACCAAAUUCCUGAUCGCUCUGUUCCCUCUGAUUCUGUCAUAAAUGGGUUAGAUGGCCAAGGUGACUUGCUUUGUUUCCAGUUAGCAAUCUUAACUUCUGCUACUAUUUUCACUGGUGGUGAUUACAACUAGGCAUAGCCUAUAGUGUCGACAUCUGACAAAACUAUGCUGUAGCCGCUGUUUGUUCCAUCACCAAAAACCAGUUUAUGGAAACCUGCCUAAUUCACAUUUCAAAUUUGCUUGACAAUUGAAUAGAAACUUGGCUAUUGUCAGUUGACUAACUUUUAAGAUAAAGGGUCUUCUUUUAACCCUCCAGCAAAAGGGAACGUUCAUCAUGUUAAUUCAACAAAAUAAGCCUCGCACAUAAUGCAUGUAAAUGGGAGAUUUCAUUUGAAGUGAUGUCUCCUUUUUUUCUCAGGUUGUUUUCAUUCAUUGUUUUCAUCUUACAACAUAAUCGCGUAUCUGAACUGAAAUGCAUCGGCAGCUUUGAAUGAAAUAACCAAAGGAGUAUUUUUUUUCUUUUUAAUUAACCAAACAUCCACAAAACAAUACAAAUGUUAUACUUACAAAAUGCAAGAAACAAUUGGGCCUUUUAAGCCACAUUACGUUUAUCAAACUUAAGUGUGCAUGUCAUUAUUAACAACAGUUUCAAGGCACAAUGCGUAGGAUUUUCCUAAAAAAACAAAACAAUGUAUUGACUAAUACAAAAAUCCCAAUCAUCACCCAAUAGACGUGUGUGGUGGUUUCUGUAUCUGCAUCUUCCUUUUUCGCUGUGUUUGGGAUGUUUCUGGGCGUCAACAUUUCUAAAAACGUAGCGACCAGGUUCCAGAUCGUAAGCACGCAAACGGCGCAGAGAAAACUCUGAAAAUUUAGCGAGUCGAAACGCCAAAGCAGUCAAAGCUUGUUCCAAAACGAGAGGGGUUUCUGGAGUUGUCCUUACCCGCUGCCAGGCAGCGUAACCCUCGUUGAGCGGGGGAGGAGGUUCAAACUUUGAAAGUUGCUUUUACAAACCGCAACCGACAAAUUCUACUCAUUCUACCAUUCUACUCAUGCAUUUUUGCUUUGUCUUUUUCACAUUGUGUCGUGUUACUUUUACUUGACUGUCAUCAUAAAGGCUUACAUUCACUUCAACCUGCCAUAUUCUGCAGCCUUUCAACUUUAGUUACAACCCAAACUGUGCAUGUUAUGAAUCUUUAAAGGUCAUCAUUUUGUAUUUAGUGUUGUGUUUUUAUUCUGGAAAUGAUCACCUUUGCCUAUAUUUGACUGCACCGGCAUAGCAGUCAAGUUUGAAUAAGUAGUCUGUUCUUGUUUUACUAACUAAACUAAUAGGCCUUCCUUGCCCUGCUUUGCCACUUUUGCUUUCUGACAACUGAAAUGACUUGAAAACUGUUUAGCUAAAUUGACUGGAGAAGUGCAGUCACAGCUCAUAUGACGAGACAUUGAUCUUUUGAGACACCCUGAGUUUUCAACUUCUUCUAUUUGGACUUUGGUUGUGGUCAUAGUAUCACUAGUAAAUCCUUCAGAAUGACCUUCAGUCACAUCUAAGCUUUUACCAGCUGACAUAUAGGACAUGCCAGCUAAUGAAAAGGGCCUACAUGUCCUCACAUCUGUAAUUUGCAAAACCGUUCAUUUGUGAGGAAUAUGCAUAUGUUUCUUACAGCGGCCAUGCGAUUUGUCUGUGUACUUCCUCGUAACCUUGCCUUUUGUGUAAAAUCUGUCUUUAUAAAUGUGCUCUGCCUGUGAUUUCAGUCUUUUGGUCGGUGUUGCUUCUUCAACGUGACUUUAGUUAGUGUUUUAUUUGUGUGUGUAUGUGUGUGUGGAUUAUAGCCAUUGUUGUUCUUUAUAAAAGACAUGCCAGCAGAGAUGUAUUCUUGUUCCAUCUGUUUCUUGUCCAAGAGUAAUUGUCACUGAUGCUACUUUGACAAUAUAUGUAGAUUACUUAUUUUGUUAAAGCCCCACCACUUCUGCAGAGUUCAAUAAAAUGUAUAUUUUCUUUUC